AUGCUGCAGCAGACCAACAGCAGCUCAACGUCGACCACGACGAGCUCGUCGCGGGUGGCCAAGUCCUCCUCCACGUCCACGUCCUCGUCGCAGCGCGUGCUCAACGUCACCUCCAGCGAGAUGAAGGCCUCCUCCAUGAAGUCGGACCUGUCCGAGCUCAAGUCCAGCAUCACCGAGAUGAAGAACCUGUCCAAGUCCAACUUCGGCCGGCUGCGCUCGUCGCUGGAGGAGCUGGACCGGGAGGACGCCGGCGGCGGGUCGCCCGACCCCGAGCCGCUGGUGACGUUCCCGGACCCCGACACGCCGCCGCCCACGGGGCCCGUGGCGCUGCCGUCGCUCGUGGGGCCCGCCGGGGUGGGCGUGGUGGGCGCCGCCUCCACCGCGGCCGCCGCAGCAGCCGCCGCCGAGACCUCCCUCAAGUUCGAGCAGAAGCGGGUGACGUCCGCGUCCAAGACGAAGGUGGUGACGGACACCUUCAGCGCCGAGCAGGCCACCGCCAACUCGGCCGAGGUGAAGCGCGUGCAGGCCGAGGGCCUGAGCUACCAGGAGCAGUCCGCCGCGAAGGCGGUGCGCUCGCGCCUGGAGAUGGAAGGGCUGUCCGCCGAGAAGUCCAUGGCGCUCAAGCAGGAGCAAAGAUCCCUGAAAACUGGCGAGAUUACUCAACAGGAAAGUCAGAACAUGGCUGCUGCCAGUAUGAUAGUGCAGACAGAUAUGUUUGAAAAAAAAGCUAUGGCAGCUCAGCAGCAGCGACAGACAGUCACUUCAACUGGCAUCUUCAAUCAUGAAAAACAUUCUUCUUCCACAUCUCAGUCCAACAUCACUAUCACAACUAAAGGCGUGUGCACAAAAUCAUCUUCAUCCAUGAUCGCAACAUCUGCACAGAUGAGUCAAUUAAUGAAUGGGGCUUUGAAGUCUGCAUCUGAAGAUGAACUUCUGAAUCAGAGCUUUGAAGAUCUUGAGCAGUUAUCUGCCAGCUCAACCACUCAAGAUGUGGCACAGGCAAUUUCGAAGUAUUCUGCAUAUUUGGAUAAAUUUAUUACCAGCUUACGGCAAGGAGGAGAAGGUCGUCGUGCAAAAGCUCCUCUUCUCUUGAACAGAAUAAACGAGAUGAUGAGGAAAGCAUGGGCUGUGCCUACCCAUGGACAUGAACUUGGUUAUUCACUCUGUAAUGCACUGCGCCGAUGCGGUGGACUUGAUCUCCUCAUGGCCAAUUGUAUGGCUGGUGAUGGAGAACUGCAGUUUUGCAGUGCUCGCCUUUUGGAACAAUGCCUCACAACUGAAAACCGUGCCCAUGUAGUGGAAAAUGGCCUGGAGAAAGUCGUGAAUGUAGCAUGUGCAUGUACCAAAAAUGCAAAUUCUGUUGAACAUUCACGCACUGGAACUGGCAUCUUGGAACAUUUAUUUAAGCAUAGUGAAGGCACCUGCAGUGAUGUAAUCAGAUUAGGUGGUUUGGAUGCUGUGUUGUUUGAAUGCAGGAAGAACGAUGUUGAAACACUCAGACACUGUGCUGGAGCAUUAGCAAAUCUCUCGCUGUAUGGUGGAGCAGAAAAUCAAGAAGCUAUGAUUAAGCGAAAAGUGCCUGUGUGGUUGUUCCCUUUGGCGUUCCACAAUGAUGAUAAUAUCAAGUACUAUGCAUGCCUGGCAAUUGCUGUAUUGGUAGCUAACAAAGAAAUAGAAGCAGCAGUUCUUAAAUCUGGUACUUUGGAUCUGGUAGAACCAUUUGUUACCACUCACAAUCCAUCAGAAUUUGCCAAGUCCAAUUUAGCCCAUGCUCAUGGUCAGAGCAAGAACUGGCUUCAAAGAUUGGUGCCUGUUUUGAGUUCAAAGAGGGAAGAGGCUCGUAAUCUGGCAGCUUUCCAUUUCUGUAUGGAAGCAGGAAUAAAAAAACAGCAAGGAAACACAGAAAUAUUUAGAGAAAUCAAAGCUAUUGAACCUCUCAAGAAAGUUGCUAGCUGCCCCAAUGCAGUUGCUUCAAAAUAUGCAGCUCAAGCUCUGAGACUAAUUGGUGAGGAAGUACCUCAUAAACUGAGUCAACAGGUGCCCCUCUGGUCCACAGAAGAUGUGCGGGAAUGGGUGAAGCAGAUUGGAUUUGCAGAAUAUGCAGGAAAUUUUGUUGAGAGCAGAGUAGAUGGUGAUCUAUUGUUGCAGUUAACAGAAGCUAAUCUUAGAGAUGACAUAGGAAUUACAAAUGGUAUUCGCCGUAGGAGAUUCAGUCGAGAACUUCAAAACUUAAAGAAAAUGGCUGAUUAUAGUAGUAGAGAUACUGGAAAUUUAAAUACAUUCCUGCAAAAUAUUGGAACAGAGUUCUCUAUUUACACAUACUCUAUGUUGAAUGCUGGUGUUGACAAUGAUUCAAUUAUUCACCUUUCUGAUGACCAGCUGGCUAAUGAAUGUGGCAUUACAAAUAGUAUUCACCGUCAAAGGAUAACAAAAGCCAUUAGAGAUAAAAUGGAAAGUGGCUUGACUAGUGCAUCAGAUACUAACCUUGACAAGUCUCUGGAUGUAUUUGUUAGUUAUAGACGAUCAAAUGGAUCACAAUUGGCCAGUUUACUGAAAGUCCAUCUCCAACUACGAGGGUUCAAAGUCUUCAUUGAUGUGGAAAGGUUGGAAGCUGGAAAAUUUGAUAACAACCUCCUGCAGAGUAUUCGACAAGCCAAACAUUUUCUAUUGGUCCUCACCCCCAAAGCUCUGGAACGUUGUAUUGCAGAUUCGGAAUGCAAAGACUGGGUUCACAGGGAAAUUGUUGCAGCUCUCCAAUCACAGUGUAAUAUAAUUCCUAUCAUAGACAAUUUCCAAUGGCCUGAACCCGAGGAACUGCCAGAAGAUAUGAGAGCUGUCUGCCAUUUCAAUGGUGUCAGAUGGAUUCAUGACUACCAGGAUGCCUGUGUAGACAAACUGGAAAGGUUCAUGAGAGGAGAACUGAGCACUCGUGCUGAUGGAGCUUUGGGAAGAAUGGGUUUUAACAAAGGAGAUGCCACUCCCGGAACACCUUCAGGAAACACCUUAGGGCGCCAGCCGCCCAGCUACCAGCGAAUGCACAGCAACGAGAGUGGGAAGGGCAGUGACAAGGAUGUUAUUCAAACCAUCCAGUCCGUCCCAUCCCUGGCUUCUGGGAACAGUACGUCGUCCUCCUACUAGUCCACCAACUCGGCUGUACAAUUUAAUGCACCGUCCACCUAGCCCAGCCACACAACCUCGGCGCAGCUCCGGUACAGCCAGUGUCUCGCCUGCUCGAGCCUUGCCUACAUGUCCCCAGAGGCCUGGACGUUCACGUAGCUUGGACAUCUUGGUAGAUUCCACAGCAAAUGAACCUAAUGACAAAGCAGGAGAUGAACAACAACUAGUUAGUGAGUGUGAACAAUACCUUAGUGCACAAGAGCUGACUGCAAAGCCAACAGAGCAAAAGACUGAUGGACUCCAAGAAGAAGAGAAGUUUAAUGCUCUCCAGACAAGUCAUCCUGAUCUUGAUUACGAAUCAAGAUCCAUAGGCGAUUGUAGUGAUGUGAAACAAGGAUCACAGUUAUCUCUUCCAUUGUCUAACACAGGGGAUAACAGAAGAAAAAAGAACUUCAUGGACAGAUGUGUGAAUAAAGUGCGAUCAUUUAUUAAAAAAUAAAAAAUUUUAAUACAGUGUAUAAGUGCCAGUUAAAUAUUCUUGUACUUUAUGCAGGGAUAUGUAGGAGCUCUUAGUAAUAUAUUAUUAACCUCCGAAGAAACUGUUUUAGUAUGUUCAGAAUGUUGAGUGUGUUAUGUGGGAUCGUGUGAAUGUUAUAAUUUCUAUUGAGACAAUAUAAUAUGAAAUAACCAAAAAAAAAUCUGUAAUGUUAAACUUCACUGAAUGUAUAUUUCAGCUGUUGGCUGGCAAUCUUGCAGCUAAUAUUUGGUGCUAUUUUAUGACAUAACAUUCCAAAGAAACACCUUUCCCUGUGCAGUAAAGUAAUCAUUUUAACUCUGAAAUUAGCAUGUAACUUAGUGUUCAAGUGAAGCUUUUUCAUUAUUUAUAUUCUUGUGACUCAUAAACCAAAGACUAAAAGCAUGGGAUUAUGAAAUGUACAGUUGUCUUAUGUGAACUAAGUAGCCACAAAAACUUAUGCACAAUGUUAUAGGAAGAUGUUCUCUUAAGAAACAUCUGCACUGUGCAGGAGAAUAACUUAUACAAAUCUUUCUGCUUGACUAAAUAUGAUAAAAUAAAUCUUUCGAAGUCCUGUCAUUGAACAUAAGUAAUUGUGCAAAUUAUGCCCUCUUAAUUGACUUGUCCUUUUCUAUCCUUCCUAUUCUCUUUUGGUAAAAGAUCAUGCAUCAUGGUUUAUAAUACUUAAAUUGUGUUAAUUACUUUAGUUAUUUCUUCCCUUUUCUGUAUUAAAUAUUCUUGUAUCAACUCUGCUUUGCAUACUUCUAUAGAGAAUUAUUUAUAAACGCUGUCAUUUAUACUAUCUUGAUUCUUUACAGUGCAAUUAACACAACUGUUUUGAAAUAACCUUGUUUUAUAUUUCUAAAUGUUACUAUACCUCCAACAGCUUUUAUGUCUGUACAUGGCAACAAAAACAGAAUUUAUGUUAUAAAUGAGCACUGUAAUUUAAAACCAAAGUUGUUUUGAUUGUUGUCCCUUAUUAAAUAAAAUUCAUAAUUGAAGUAUUCACAAUCAUGAAAAAAUAAUACACAGCAAAGAAAAUUUUCUUUGAAGUAUAAAUGGAUUGCAAAAGAUACAAGCCAAGUGAAAGGGAAUAAAGUUAAAACUUUGACAAGUUACUAACAAACAAAUUACUGUUUAAAUAAAGACAUAUUUGUUCAAA